UUAAAGUAUUUUGCGUGACAUCAUUUGGUGAGUUCUUCUUUAGGUAUUUGGAAGAAAAUCUCCGCUCAGUCAUUUUUUAUUAUAAAAAAAAACUUUAAAUUGAAACUUCUAUUAGUCGUUCUAAGUGUUAUAAACUUCAUAAACAUAGUCUAUCAUCAUUUUGAUUUUUCCUUCUUUUGUCUAAAUUAGUCAACUGAACUACCAACAACACAAAAAUGUUAGAAGAAAUUGAAGAAGCAUCAGAAGUAACAACACCCGACAAAAUGAAAAAGAAGUGGAGAGCAAAGAUCGAGAAUAAAACAUUAGACCCAUCAGAUUUGAUAAACUAUUUCCAGCUUUCCGCUUCCUACUUCCUGACGGUGGCAAAAAAGGACAAUGCCAGUGUAAUUGGAACUUGUAUAUUUGACGAGGAUGGUGCGAAAGCUGCUAUUAUUGAUAUAAUGCAAGAGCUUAUCUUGGGGGCACAAUGGGAAGAGAGUUUAUCGAAAUUAAAAGCCGGCAACAAUGUGUCGUCAGUGUGUGGAAAUAUUUUCAAGAACGGCGAGCCAACUUACAGUUGUCGGGAAUGUAGCAUGGAUCCAACUUGUGUCUUGUGUUCGACUUGCUUCAAAAGGUCAACACAUCGGACACAUAAAUACAAAAUGUCGACAUCAUAUGGUGGUGGCUGUUGUGAUUGCGGUGAUCCUGAAGCAUGGAAGAAGGAUUUCUGUUGUGAAGAUCACGCAGCUGUUGAGAAGCCUGAAGUUGAUGCUCUCAUCACUGACGAUAUGAAAGAAGUUUGCAGUGUUGUGUUUCGAGCUGUCUUAGCUUAUUGUGUCUCGAUGCUUCAAAUCGAUUCUGAUGCCAACUUCCCUGACAUUGACAGUGAAACAAAUUCGGUUGAUGACGUUUAUUGCACUUUGUUGUACAACGAUGAAACUCACACAUUUGAUCAAGUCAUUCAUACGUUAACUUCAAUUGUUAAAUGCGAGCAAAAAGAAGCUGUCGAAUAUGUGACGAGUAUUGAUCGUGAUGGACGUGCAGUUGUUAAAUGUGCAACAUUUGCAGCUUGUAUAAAGUUGAAGAAUGAAAUUGAGAAGAAAGGAAUGCGAACAACAAUUCAAAGUUCUAAAAUUCAGCCUCUUAAAGUUGCAAUAUUUCAUAAGAAUACCGUCGCAUGUCAGACAUUUGCACUCCAAUUGCUUCAUUGGUUUCAAGAAUUUCUCGGCCUAAGUGCAAAGUUUCGUGCAGUAUUUUGUGAUAUCAUUUUGACGUCACCAUCAAGCACCAAUUUUAGUCUGCGUCAAAUUCUUCUCUACGAUAUUAAGUUGUGGAAAACAGCGAGAAGUGCAUGGCAUCGUCUGUUGAUAUCAGGAAUGCUAAUGGAGUAUGAAAACAAGAAAGAAUUAGCAAUAAACUUUACAAAAGUCUACACAAAUAUCAUGCAAGACUUUCUUCGUGACGAUCAUUAUCAUUCAUUCUCUGUCGUGUCGUUAAGUGUUCAACUUUUCACUGUGCCAACUGUCGCUCAUCAUUUGAUGGCUCACGAGUCGGCAUUCUUCAAGUUAAUGCACACAUAUUACGCUGAAUGUAUUGAGAAAUACAUCAAGAAUAAGGUUUUAGUGUUUCCCAAAAAUGCCGUGUCGACAUUCAAUAAACGAGCUCAUUAUAUCAUCACUGAUCUUCGAUAUUUAUUGACGUUUAAGCCUGAGGUGUGGACACAAGAACUUCGUUUAGGCUUCUUACAUGGAAUCCAAAUGGUAAUUCGAUUACUGAAAAGCAUGCAAGGAAUGGAUCAAGUUACACGACAGAUUGGACAACACAUGGAAUAUGAACCUGAAUGGGAAUCUGCUUUUACACUGCACAUUAAAUUAUCACAUUUGAUAACAUCCAUCAUUGAAUGGUGUGGAACUGACAAAGUAAUUCUCGUGAAAGUUUAUCGAAUGGUUCUUGCAGCACUUAAUGAGAACAAAUUCAUCAUUGGACAAUCAUUUUUCGAGACAAAAGAGUUGGCGGAUCAUUCGACAAGUUGUUUAAUGUAUGACGUUGCAACAAAGCCAGUUUCGAUUCAUUUACCAUUAACAAGAUUCCUUGCUGGACUUUAUAUUCAUUUUGAAAAAUUCAAUUUGACCUUCGAUAAUGUUUCGACAAAUGACAAACCAACGCCUGAGGAAAUCAUUGAACCCGUCUUAUGUACACGCACGAUGAUAUCACAAGUUUAUUCUGGAAUGUGGCGACGCAAUGGAUAUUCACUAUUAAAUCAACUUUUCUUUUAUCGAAAUGUUAAAUGUCGAAGUGAAAUGUUGGAUCGUGACAUUGUCAUUCUUCAAAUGGGAGCGUCGCUUAUUGAAAGUAAUGAAUUUUUAAUUCAUAUCAUGAACAAGUUUAACUUAUUGCAAUGGACUGAAGAAGCUUUUAAGCCAAUCUUGCCCAGCACAGAAGAUGAUACAAUCAGGCAAAUUAUUAACAUGGUUGAUGAGUUUCUUGAACUUCUCAUCAUAAUUGUCGGCGAACGUUACAUGGCGGGCAUUGCACAAGUGACUGAUGAUGAUCGGAUAAAGAAAGAAAUAAUUCAACAGUUGUGUAUCAAAUCGUUAUCACAUUCAGAGUUGAACAAAGCACUCAAUGAUGAACAUGGACAUGGACAUGAAAAUGAUAUCGAGCCAGUGAUUCAUGAUGUGGCGAUUUUUGAGAAACCGACAUCAGCUGAUAAGAAAGGCGUUUAUAAAUUGAAAGAAGAAUACUACCAAGAUUACAACAUGUAUUUUUAUCACUACACAAAAGAAGAAAAAUCAAAAUCAGAAGAAAUGCAACGUCAACGGCAUAAGACAAGAAAUGAAUUAAUUUGUUGUCCACCACCGAAGCUUCCAAUUUUAGCUUCGCCAUUUAGCAUGAUUGCUAAUCUUAUGCAAUGUGAUGUUAUGUUAUUAAUUAUGCAAAAUGUCUUGAAGCAAUCGCUUGAUCUCAAUUGCCAAACAUUCGCUGAAGGUCAUUUGCAAAAGAUUCUUCAUCUUAUUGGCUAUGCGAUUCAAGAGGAGGAUUCAGGCAAUUAUGAAUUUUUGAAAUUCAUGGAACGUUCGACAAGGUGGAAUCUCUUGAGCUUAAUGGAAGAAUUACUGUCAAGUCCAAGAGUUGAAUCACAACGAGAUUUUCUUGUGUGGACGAUUAAGAAGUAUAAAGAUCAACAAGCUAAAUUAAACUCACAUGAUUUACCAUCACAAGAAGCGCCAGCAGAAUUGUCGAAUUUCGAUAACGACACACAAAUGGAAACAGAACAAGCAAUGAAAGAAAAACGUGCAAAAUUAGCAGCACAAAGACGUGAACAACUUUUGGCACAAAUGGCAAAACAACAGAAAAAUUUCAUUUCGUCAAAUGCUGAACAUUUUAAAGAUGAUGCCAAAGCUGAUGAAGAAAUUGGGAUGGAAUGGCAAAGUUCAAUGGAAGAGCAUAAAACAGUUGCAUGCCUUGGUGUUGAUAGGAAAAUUGUCCACAACGAGUCAGAGACGUUUACCUGCAUCUUGUGUUCAGAAGAGUCCUCAAAUAACAAAGAUUGUAUGGUUUAUCCAUCAUUCAUUCAAAGAUCAAGCGUCUUAGGACGCUAUCAAGUAACAAACGAUGUCAAUCAACUUCAAAGCAUCGAAACCGCAAUUCAUCCAUCGCCAUAUGUCAGCUCAUGCGGACAUGAAAUGCACGCUUCAUGUUGGCAAGAAUAUUUCAAUAACGAAUUGUUAAAAGAACAACGACGUCCAUUUCGAACACGAAACCCAAGCAUUUUCAAUAUUGAUAAAAAUCAAUUUUUAUGUCCACUUUGUCGUUUUCUCAGCAAUUCAGUUCUGCCAAUUCUUCCACCAUUAACUAGUCUGAACGAUGUUAAAAGCGUUUGUGUUACCGACGUCUUUAACUUUGAUAUGUGGCAUUACCUGAUGAUCAAUUAUUUCGAUUCACUUCAAUUCAUUGAGAGUAAUAAUUCCGAAUCAAUGGAGCCAGAAGCACUAAGCAAGGAAGUUGAGAAAUGUUACCAAGAAUGUGUCGUUAAUUACUUGAAGCAACAUUGUAACUUCGAUGAUACAAAAGUUGACAACGCUUUAAAUUUCAAUCCAAAUAUAAAUGAAUAUUCGAAGAAAUUUAUAACAAAUGUCAAGGAACUUGCACCGCCAACAAUUGCAGCAGAUGAGGACGUUGACGCAUACACAGCAGCAUGGCAAACAUGCGCAUACACAAUCGAAGCUUUAGAGAUGUACAUGCGAGCUACAGAGAAACCAUUAAAAGGUGACAUGUCAGUUCGAUACGAGAAAAGUGUUUCAGGUCUUGUAAGAUUGUGUGGAAAUUACGGACGAAUGAAUAUUGUUGACAGUCCAAGAGAUGCUGACGCUUUAACAGCACCUUACUACACUCUGUUGAUUUAUUCAAGAGAUUUAUUUGACACGUUGUUUGGUAAAAAGCCAGAAAUGUCGAUUCUUCAUUGGGACGUCUUCAGCAUGAUGGUUUCAAUGCUUUUCACAACACGAGCUGUUUUAUUCCCAAAUCAUCCACAAUAUCUGAUUGCACGAGGUGAUUCACUUGAUUUUACAGUCUUCAAUACAAUGUUUGGGGUGAAUUUAAUGAAAAUCUUGAUAUCAUUAAAAAUCGAAGACAUUCAUGACAUGGAUGUUGAAAAUGUUGAUGACGAUGAUGACAAAAAUGUUUCAACGUUGUUGUCACUUUAUGAGAAGUACAAUGUGUUCCGAACAAGUGAUAAAAUUCCCAUUGAGGAUCAUCCAAAGAUGAAGAAAAAGAUCAUCGACGCAUUACGAGAUCAAAGUCAAACAUUCUUAAGAUGUUCUUGUAUUUUGUUCCAUUUCCUGACUGAAGUUUCGCUUCCUGAUGAGAUGAGUAACAUUGGCGGCGAUUCUUUUGAUGUUAUGGCGAAUUAUUUGAAUAUUAACACAAAUGUGUUGAGUUACUUCGAAGACACUUCAAUGCUUCGAUUUCUCAUCCAAUGUGCACAACAUAAGGCAGUGGAGAAUUAUUAUGUGAAAGAGAAAGCCGGGGAAGUUCAUAUGAUUCCAAUUGUUGCUCCAACAGCUCCAGUUCGACAACUUGUUAGCUUACCUGAUGAUUACAGUGAUCUGAUGAAUUCAGUUUCGUUGUUCACAUGUCGAAACAAUGAACGUGAAGAUUCAAGAAAUCCUACAAUGUGUUUAGUGUGUGGAGAAGUUUUGUGUUCGCAGACUUAUUGUUGUCAACGUGAACUGAAUAAGACGCCAGUUGGUGCAUGCAACUUUCAUACAGAAGUUUGUGGAGCUGGUGCAGGAAUUUAUCUCCGAAUUCGUGAUGCAGAAGUUUUAUUGUUGGGACAAAAUACUGGAUGUUUCCUAUCAGCUCCAUAUUUGGAUGAUUAUGGCGAAACAGAUCAAGGGUUAAGAAGAGGAAAUCCGCUUCAUUUAUGUCGUGACAGCUACAAAAAACUUCAACUUCUUUGGCUUGGUCAUGGUAUACAUGAGGAUAUAGCUCGAAAAACAGAAGCACAAUCGCACAUCUUUCAAAUUCAAUGGAAUCAUCUUUAAAAAGUCGAGAAAAUGAACAGUUUAGAGUAUUUCAAUAAAAAGUUUUUAGUGAAAGUGAAAAUUGAAGGAUGGACAAAACUUUUCAAAAAUUUGUUGUCUUUGAUUAAUAGAAAGAUUAAAGAAAAAUGAAAAAUUACUAACAAAACAUCAAUAGACGAUUUUCAACCAAUUAAAAUAGGAAGAAAAUUUGAUUAAAAAAAUAUUUCUCAGUCAAAAUUCAAUGUCACAACAAUAAUUAAUGAAACUUAACUAUCUACUCAUGAAACUUAAAUCCAAAAUGUUUAGAAUGAUUCAAGAUAAAUAUCUUAUAGAGUUAAAGCAGCUGUUGAGAGAAGCAAAUAAAAUUAUAAAAGGUUUUCCGAAUUUUUUUUCAAUACAAA